AUGAAGUACAUCAUCGGCAUCAGCAGUGUAACCAAUGGAGGGAAAACCACCCUCACCAACUGUCUGAUGAAGAACCUGCCCAACUGCUGCGUGGUCCAUCAGGGUGACUUCUUCAAGCCCCAAGAUCAGAUAAAAGUUGGUGAAGAUGGCUUUAAGCAGUAUGAUGCCAUCACUGCUCUGGACAUGGACAUGAUGGGUCAGAUCUUCGCGUGGCUGGAGAACCCGGUGGAGUUUGAGAAGUCUCAUGGCGUUAAUAACACCCUGGACACAGAGAUGGUCCCAAAAUCCAACCACAAGGAGGAGGAGGAGGAGACUCACAUCCUCAUUGUGGAGGGCUUCCUGCUUUACACUUACAGGUCUUUGAUGGACGUGCGAAACCAGCAUUACUUUAUUUCCAUCCCAUAUGAAGAAUGCAAAAAGAGGAGGUGUUUUAGGAAGUACACGGUGCCAGACCCCCCCAGCCUGUUCGAUGGCCACAUCUGGACCAUGGACCUGCAACACAAGAACAUCUGCUCACUGCGAAAGAUAAUUCAGAGCAGCUUUUUGUGA